AUGGCUCCGGACGAGGGAUGGCUGUGUGAUCGUUGUAACGAGAAAGGUUAUAUUUGUGGAGGAUACGGCGAGGAACGAAAAGGGUGGUAUAAGGACCUGGGAUUCAUCUCUUACGUUAGGAUAGUGUUGAUGCAGCAGCAGCCUGCGAGGCCGGUCACUGGGCAUAACGUUCCUACCUCUGUGGACCGCCUAUCCUUAUCCGGCCAUUUAUCCGUACAAUCGCCAGUUCGAUCAGAGCCUUUAGGUCAAUUAUCGCGUGGCUCCAUAGAAGCGCCUGUCCAAACUUGUGCUCAGCUAAAUAGCAUUCCGCGGUCAGGUUCUGGCUUUGCCCAUUUGGUCCCAAGCAACCCCUAUCCUUGCGAAGAUGGGCAUCACCUACAGGCAAUGCAUGUUAACGAUCCCCCCGUUUUCACUCCUAUGACACAUCGACCUCAUCUUGCUCAUCCACCCGUUUCAUCGUUGCGCGGUUUUCCCCCUCCGAUGUCCAUGCAAGCGUCUGUCUCAUUGCAUGCACCCCCAGAGGGAUUUCCGCCAGCCUACUCCCCUGCUCCCCAGUCGAAUAGUGGCCCAGGACUAAGUUCUGGCUUUUCCUAUUCAAAUUAUGACUCUCCCUCAACCAACCUCCUAACGCAUCAAGAGCGUCAGGGUGGGCACCAGCCAGAGGCGAUGCGUGCUACAUCUGCGCCAUGGCCACCGUUUUCCAGUCAUCCACGUCGGCAGCGCUCCAGCCAGCCGGGAUACAAUUCACAGCCGACGCUCGCACAAGCCUCUGCCCCGUUCUACGGAGGGUCUGACGAGCUGCCUCCGGCCAGCUGGAUCGCUCCUCGGUCGGAUAGAGCCCCAGGGCCGAGCCAUAACUUGAUCACUUUGAACGUCGACGCUUUUCCUCAGAACUGGUGCCAAUCCCAAGCGAAUCAUUUUCAAAUCUAG